AUGAAGAAAUGUAAUGGUUGUGGGUUAACGGAGCAGUCGCAUGACAAAAGGAAUUGUCCAAAGCUUAUAAACAUGUCUUCACAAGAUGUUAGGUUGAGUGAUGACGAUGACGAGGACGACGUUAACGAUGAGUAUGAACGACUGAAUGAUAUUGUGGGAAAUGCAUCUUAUGUAGCUCCUGAGGUUCUACAUAGUUUUCUUUCUGAAUCAUCUCAAAUCCCUCCUUAUCAAUCUUCUAGUAGUGAUUUACAACCUCCAACAUCACAAAAGAAGAACAAGGCUCAAGUCCAAACUGCAAGGAAACAAAAUUGGAGCAAGGAGGAAGAUGAAACUCUUUGCAAGGCAUGGUUGCGCGUCUCCGAAGAUGCGGCUAUUGGUACAGACCAAGCAAGAGCAAAGUUAUGGAACCGUGUCUGCGCCGAGUUUAAUAACAUAUUGGGUUAUGAGACGGGAAGAAUUAGCAAGGGAUUGAUGCACCGUUGGGCGAUCAUUCAGCAGCACGUUAACAAAUAUUCCAGUUGCGAACGAACAAUCGAGAGGAAUCCAACUAGCGGCUGUAAUGCUGAACAAUCGGCUGCAAAAGAUUUGUAUUACAGAACAAAUGGUCAUCAGUUUAAGUGGUAUGGGUGUUGGCUAAUUCUUAAAGAUACCUCAAAAUGGUUUCAUCAUAUGCAAGAACAAGAAGGCAGAAAGGAAAAAAUUGCACAACGGAAGAAACGUGAAGGUACUUUAGAUGUUGAUGAAAUUGUAUGUCCCUCUAAUCCUUCUACUCCGGUAACACCAUCUUCUGUUGGUGCACCGAUUAGCCUUGAUGAUAACAUAUCACCACUCAAUGAUGGACCAACUGAUUUACUAAGACCCACUGGUCGUAAAAAAGCAAAGAAUCCACGCCGAAUGAAGAAGGGCGAUCAGUCGGAGGGUGUAAACUUUAUCUUCUCAGAAUUUAGCAACAUGAGGAAGGAGCAAAAAGAACUUGUUCAACAAGAGAUUUUUAUGGCAGUUGAACGAGAACGAAUGAAAAUUCAAGCUAAAUUAGAGCAAGAGCGCAUGAAGAUUGCAGCAAAACGUGAACAAGAUCAAAUUAAUUUUGAGAGAGAGAUCAUGUUGAAAGAUCCAAGCAUGGUCACCACAGAAGAGGGGAGAGCUUGGGUAAUUGCACAACAGAAGGCUAUUUGGGCUCGUGUGAACCGAGGAGGUGGCAUUGGAGAUGGCUCAAGUGGCAAUGUUUAA